GAUAGGUGCUUCUGUCUCAUCACUGUAUCGCCACCGGCAGACUUGAAGCACGUUGGGGAACAUCCCAAAAUAAUAAUAAAAGAAGAAGAUUCGUAUUUCGAUCUUCGAUCUAAAAAAAAGUCGCGCUCUUUAUUAUUAAAAAAAAAAAAAAAAAAAAAAAAAAAAUUAAAAUUCAGUGAUUUCAUCUCGAGAUUUUUCAAGAAAACCCUGUUACUUAAUUCUUCAUAAAAAAAACAGACAUGAAAUGCAAUAAUGGAGUUUUACUUUUGGCUUCGGCAACAAUUGUCAUAAUUUUCUCAGGUGAAGUAUUCGGCAUGCCUCCGGCUCAAUGUAGUCCUGGAUUUUUGGAUGAAAUUCCUCCAAGGAUUCGUAAAGUUUGCGCAGCUCUAUCCACAUUAUAUGAACUAGGGACCGCGAUGGAAAACUACAUCGAGGAUAAAGUUUCAGUUCUUCACGAGACUGUUCCUUUGCCUGACAGUGGUGUAAAACGUCAGGAUGUUGAUCACGUAUUUCUACGUUUUGGAAAACGACGUUAGACAACUUUGGCAUUCUAAAAAAAACAAAAAGCAAGAUGAUGAUUCCUGCGCGAGACGAAGGGAAAUUUUUUUUUGCAAGGAACCAUCGUCAUUAAGUCCAAUUUGUAAUGCAAUAAAUAUGCUCUUUUAUUCAAUAUUUCAUCAUCCAAAAAACAAAUAAAAAAAAGUUAAGUAAAAAUUGAAAAUAAAAAUUAACAAAAAA